AUGGGCGCAAUGGGCUUCCCACCCAGAUUCAUUGCGGUAGUAAGCAAUACAUUAAGAAACAACUCAGCCAGAUUUGUCAUCAAUGGGCACAUCAGCCGCCCGAUUGACGUCACCAGCUCCAUUAGGCAAGGAUGUCCAAUGUCAAUGGCACUCUUCGCCAUCGCCAUCGAGCCCCUGCUUGCCUCCCUUAUGAAACAUCUACAAGGACUACAAAUACAUGGAGAAAAGAUCGUGUGCAAGGCAUACGCUGAUGAUGUUGGCUUCCUAGUCGUGAAUGGCGCUGAAGACUGUCCGAAACGUAGUCGCCCUGUGCAGCUACCACGGACAGACGGUCAGGACGAGGUGACGUGGGCGGCGGUCGCGCUUGGCGCCUCCCCCGCACGUGCUAGUCGUGUGUCUGUCCCUGAGAUUGCAGACGACGUUGUUGCUAUGGAUGUUACACCUCCCGUUCUUGACGCUGAUAGCCCCCCGGCGUUGCCUGUGACUUCUUUGCCUGCGCGUGUAGCGGCCCCCGUGCCUGCUCCGCCGGCUGUUGAUGAGCUACCGAUUGUGUCUGACCCCGUACCGGCAGCUGUAACGCUUUCCGUAUCGGAACCCGUUCCCGAGGCUGCUCCCUCUGUUGCGAAUAAGACUGUGUCCGAUGUUGUCACCGUUGUUGUUGACCGUGAGGAGCGUCUUGACGCCCCCGCGGAACCCAAACCGCGUAGGGAACGGCCGACUGAGAGGGCUGACAACGUGACUCGCAUUCGCAGCGCUAGUAUUUCGGGUGUUUCUUCUCGUAAGGCGCGUACGCCGUCCCCGGUGGUGACUUGCGUCCCACCAUACAAGUCCACCUCUAAACAGAAAAAGUUACAACGGGCCUCGCAGCGCGCAGUUGUUGACUCGCGGCAGGCGUCGGCUUCCGAUCGCCGUCGGCAGCGGCCUGCCGCUUGCAGUCAGCCUGCGGCGUCCGUGAGUUCCGCGGAAUCCAAGCGGGACGAGAAAGUUCGUCAGCUUAAGGUUCUGCUUACUCAAACGGAACCUGUCGUGGCAAGCGAUAUGGCGAUGGACGUUGUUUCGAGCGUGUCGCCUGCACAUUUGGCAGGCAAACGCAAAUCGGACGACUCACAUUGCCGUCGCAUCCGGCCGUCCUCACAGGAUUCUGGAUCUGAUUCUGCCGCCGGCGCUGGAUCUGCCACGGCGGCUCCUUCCGGUGCCGCUGUUAGUAUGGGCACGGACGUGGUUCCGCCCCCCGUAUUUUCUAGUGAAAAGUGUGACUGGGCGGCGGAAGUGGAGGUGGAACACGGGACUGGCCCCGACGGUCAGGACGAGGUGACGUGGGCGGCGGUCGCGCUUGGCGCUUCCCCCGCACGUGCCCGUCGUGUGUCUGAUCCUGAGGUUCCGGCCGACGCUGUUGCUAUGGACGUUACACCUUCCGUUCCUGUUGCUGAUAGCUCCCCGGCUUUGCCUGUGCUUUCUCUGCCCGACACUGUGGAGGCCCCGUUGCCUGCUCCCACAGUUGUCGAUCGCAUUGAGCCACCGAUAGUGUCUGAACCCGCACCGGCAGCUGCAACGCUGCCCGUGUCGGAACCCGUUCCAGAGGCUGCUUCCUCUGUUGUGACUGAGACUGGGUCUGCUGCUGCCACCGUUGUUGUCGAUAGUGAGGAGCGUCUUGACGCCCCCGCGGAACCUAAGCCGCGUCGGGAAAGGCCGAUUGAGAGAGCUGACAACGUUCCCCGCUUUCGAAGCGCUAGUCUUUCGGGUGUUUCUUCUCGUAAGGGGCGAACGCCGUCCCCGGUGGUGACUUGUGUCCCACCCUAUAAGUCCACCUCAAAACCGAAAAAAUUGCAACGGGCCUCGCAGCGCGCGGCUGUUGACUCGCGGCAGGUGUUGGCUGCCGAUCGCCGUCGGCAGCGGCCUGCCGCUCACAGUCAGCCUGAGGCGUCCGUGAGUUCCGCGGAGUCUAAGAGGGACGAGAAAGUUCGUCAGCUCAAAGUUUUACUCACUCAAACGGACCCUGUCGUGACAAGCGGUACGGCGAUGGCCGUUACAUCGAGCGUGUCGCCUGGACAAGUCGCAGGCAAACGCAAAUCGGACGACUCACAUUGCCGUCGCAUCCGGCCGCACUCGCAGGAUUCUGGCUCUGAUCCUCCCGCCGGCGCUGGACCUGCCACGGCGGCUCCGUCGGGUGCCGCUCUUGCUAUGGAAACGGAGGUGGUUCCGCCCCCCGUGUUUUCUAGUGCAAAGUGUGACUGGGCGGCGGACGUGGAGGUGGAUGAAGGGACUGGCAGCGGUACGUAA